CGACGCCUCGCUUUCCAUUGUCUCCUCCGUCGCCGCGCUCCUCAGCCCCGCCGCUGAUUCCCCCCUUUCUUAACCAUAUCGCCCCCAUCCUGCCUCAAUGAUUGCUGUACAGAAGCCCCCGUCAAUGUUUUCCUCGCCAAUCUUCCGUCCAACCCACGCACGGCACCCCUCGGCGCCCGUCGUCGUUCGGCCGUCGCACACACCCGGUGUCCUCAACAUCUCCAAGCCACCAUCACACUCUGCUCCUAGGCCACAGCUCGCGCAGGCGCAGCCUCGGGCUCCCCGUGCUUCCCCUAAGAGUAAGCCGCAACAACGGUCGCUGCAGCCUACGCAGACACAAGCUGCCCCCGUUGAGAGGCCGAAGGCCCUUAACCCCUCUCCUGCUAAGGCGGAGCAGCCUUCUACGACGAACGACAAGCCCCCUCGAGGACGGAAGCAGCACAAGCAGCCCAAGGAUGCUGGUGGCAGGGAUAACUCUGUCUCUCCCUCCAAUGUCGUCGCGCGGCGACACGCCCAUCAACCCUCCCCUUCCCCUAGGAUACCCUCGCCUUCGAAGGCGGCCCCCGCCUCUCGAGUCCGGGUCUCUUCAGUCAAGCCUGAGGACAAGACCUCGACGGACCCGUUCACCGACGACGCCAAUGCUUCCGCUCAGGAUGGCAAGGCCGACGGCAAGGCUUUCCGCUCGCCCCCCAAGCUGAGUUCGCAGCCAUCCGGCAAGCUUGCCCGCCGUCGCCAAGCCAGCGCACAGCUUUUGGACUCCCCUACUCCGAGGCUCCCAUCCCGCCGCAAGGGUCGUGCUCAGGGCGAGACGAUUGCCCCCUUGCAGUCGGCUUUCCCCACUUCUCUCCCGCCACGCCAAGCCAGCGCUGAUAUGACCUCGCUUCGCUGGGACAGCUUCCCCAUAUGCGAUGACUCGUCUGACUUUGGGGAUGACAGCGACGUCUCUCCCCCCACGACCCCCAUUCGGGAGGUUUCUACAGUUCCUCAUAGGGCGAAGGGAACGUGGCUGCAGGAGAAGUACGGUGUAGACGACGCUCCCCGCACCGCCCCGAUGGCGUCGACGUCAGGCUUCCCCUUCUCAGGACAAAGCCCGUGCUCGACCCCUACACCUGCGCAGCGCCGACGCAACCAUCGCCGGGUUCCCAGCGAAGGGGUAUUCGCGAUGUCGACGGAUGAGGAAUCCCCCUCGUCCUCCGUCUCUGACCUCUUCGAGUCCAUACGGCAGAAGAUUCGAUCCCCGGUGUCCAUCCCCCGCCAGCGUUGUUUCACCGUUCCGACUGGCACGCCGUCGUCCUUCGGGGCUUCUUCCUCGGAUCAUACGAUCUCAUCAUCCGCUCCUUCCGCGACCGGUUAUUUUGCAGGCUCGGUCUUCCAAAAUUCGCCAAGUCCGGACGAUCUCCCCGCGCCCUCGUUCUAAUGGUGUAAUUGUAUCAUAGCUCAUAGAAUUCGUCAAGUGUAGAGCCCGGACCAAUUGGUCCCCUUAGACGCUGUGUUACCGUCGCUGACCUCGAAUACUCCGCCACCUUGAAGCCCCAGCGUCGACCGCUUAAUGUCUUCCUGUCCCCCACACUACUCUCCUAUCUCGCCCAUCCUAUCCGCCGCCGUCGCCGCGUACGACAUCGUUUUGGCGCCGAGCGCUGGCCGACGUAACAUUAUUUCUUGGUAUCAUUAUUCCUUCGACGUUGCCUUCGUAUUAUCUACGCAUCAGCAUCAGCGACCCUCUGGCUUCCGAUUUUUUCGGGCUCUUCACUCAUCGAUUUCCCACUACACCUCCGGCAUCUACCACGGUCAUCGGCUCCGUCGACUAGGACAACUGCGCGCUUUCACCCCCACAUCAUAGAUACCCCGCCUAUUGCUGGGUCAGCUGGCGACGCUGGCAUUCAUACCCCACCGUCGUCGCACAGGUUCCUUUGGUCCUCGACUACGUCGCGGAUCAAGGCUACUGCCCAUUCUCUUCCUUCCAGUGUAUAUUUCACCCCUACUCGACUCAUGGCUUCGUCGACCCUUAACUUGUGACAUUACAUCUCGGCUCCCGUUGCCUGCUCUCGCAUUUCCAUCGCAUCGCAUCGCAUCUCGUCCCCUUCCCUCCUCCGCCAAUCUGCUCUACCCGGUCGGCCGCCCCACACUUUCAGGCUGCCCGGCGUUGUACAACAGACAUAUAGACGAGUCAGAGAAGAUGAAAGAAGAACAUCAAUAUUGCGUCAAAAACCUCGACUAUAUGGUCGGCUGGAGGGCCGAUCUCGCGUAUAUUUAUACAUCUCCCCCCGGGUCCGCAUUGUCGGGACGAUUUUCAGUGGCUUUGCCCAGGGGCUAGUAUCCGUCUUCCCUUCUCUUGGCUGGCAAAUCGUUCCCUUCAUGUGUCUUGGGUUCUGGGACUUUGGUUGUGUUUAUUACCUUUCCUCCUAUCGUACUGUAGCGUGGCGUCCUUGUUAUUUCCUGGCGUCAGCGAUAUGUCCCAUUUGUCUCGCAUCCCGUUCCCCCUUGUCUCGUUUACGAUGUUGGCACGCCUUUCUUUUCUUUCCGCCGUCCUUCCAGCACGAUUCUUUCUGCAUCGUCACUUCAAUUUUUUGGCAUGUUGCCGCAUAGUGUAUCAAUAUUACCCCCUCAUCCUCAUUGCCGCCAAUCUUCUGCGCUUGCAAAUUGUGCACUAGUAUCCUCGGCUAAUGUCUCUCGCGGCGUCUUCGCGAUUGCGGCUAGCCAAUUCCCUACCGUACAGUUACUGCCAUAUUGUCUAUCUCCCGCCAGCUCCAUCCCGUUCCAUCGUCAUUCCACGUCUAUGUCGCUUCAUGGGGCAUGGUCGAUACAUGGAUGUUGGUGAACGUGAUUGGCUUUGCUUCUUCGUCUUGUUUCAAUACUUGCCACACAUACCCAGCCACUCCUCCUCAAGUAUUACUACCCCUCUUGUCCCCGGGAUAUUGCCAUCGCUCGUGCCUCCGCUAGGUGAUGGGCGACUGUACAUACUCUGGCGACUCCUGGAGCCUCCGUUUCCCUUGUCUCCGCCGUACACAAUCUGGAGGUUCGCGUGCGUACCUUUGGUUUGCCCGCGGCGGUUACCCACACCCUCCCUUCCGACGCUCGUUGCUUGCCAUGUCCAUUUGUCUCAUAUAUCGACAGCAUAGAAAUGUGAAUCCCGUUGUUCCUGUUCCAUUCUUCCGAUUUCUUGGACUCCCUCGCGUCGCGCCUGGUUCCCUCGGUUCCACUGUGUUCGUACCGUCCAUCCAUCGCAUGCCUCUCCGGUUCGUCGUCAAGCAUCGUCGCAAGAAUCUCGUAUCGCACUGCCUCGUCCGCUUCCAUCUGUACACUGCUGCAUCAUCUCUAUCUUCACCCGCAUCUGUACACUUCCAACGCACGCAUCACUGUACCACUAUUACUCUAGACUCCACCUACCUGGUCGACCGCCGCCGUCGAACGCUGCUUCGGCCAAAACGGGCAGCUGUACUAUCAGCGACGUUGCUGUCGCCCCUUAUGCUUCCAUCUUCCCCUCGACAUCCCUCCUAUGCGCAGCACAUUCACGAUAUGCGGUCUCUGGGAGCUAGUUGUGUCGGUAGCUGCCGACAGGCAGAUGGUGGUGUGGACGGGCAGUCGGGGGACGAUCGCCUCGGGGCGGCAGGAUGGCGGCGGGCGAGAGGAGGAACCGUGGUGUGGAUUGUUCGUCUGUGACUCUUGUUUGGUACGUUGUCUUCGUGAGGUGUGUGCGGGUUGUAGAUCGUGUACGUGAUGAAGUUGUCUGGUGUUGAUGGUUACGUGGUGUUAGUUCCCCAUGGAUGGUUUGAUUCGUAUACGAUAAGUUCUAGGAUUCUGUCUAUUGUCUAGGCUUCUUGUUCCGUAUGUAUGAACCAACGCCCGAAUAUGAUUGUUUCUGCAUGC